AGGGAUGUCAAGAAGCAGCAACAUCUUUCUAUAAGCCCAGUUCAUCAUAGAGAAGAUCAGCGAAGGUCCACUAUGAGCACACUUGCAAAGUCAGAAUCAGCCCCUCUGACUGAGCAGCCAAAAAGAAAGCGGGGACGGCCAAGGAAGCUGCCAGAGGAAUCUGCUGGACCAUUGCUCCCAAAGAAACCUCGGGGGAGGCCAAAAGGAAGCAAAGAGCUGCAUGCUGGUGGUAGACAGAAGGUACAUGCUUCAACUGAAAAAAGCCUAGAGGAAGACCACGAAAAUGGGUUCUCAUACAGGAGGAAGUAUGUCAGAAAGCCAGUGCUCAAGCGAGCUGUGAGCCAAGUUCUAGCACACAGCCUGCCAUAGCAGGCACUUCUGUGAAGGGGUGUCACAGAACAAAAGAACUCAGAUGAUCAUCAAACACCUCCCCAGCUGUGGUUCAGCAUCAGUUCACUUGUUGAUGUGUCAUGAAAGUAAAAACAAAACAA